UACGAGGAGGAGGAGGAAGAGGAGGGAGUUAGUUAUGAAAAUAAAGCUCCUAGUGAGCUUCAAACUGAUAAGAUUAACACUAAAUACGAACCACCACCGGGUGUAACAUCUGGAGAGGGUUCUAGAACAGGUAGCAGCUUUGUCAACCUAUCUUCCCGUACAGGUGGGAACAUCUCCUUAUAUGGGCAUCACGUGGCUGACAGUACACCAACACAAGGAACAACCUAUAAAGAUUUCAGUAAAGAGAUUUCUGGACAUACCGAAACUGUAGUCCCAACAGAAAGCAUUUUAACUGAAAAAGGAACAGAUUCGUAUGCUAAGGCAGCAUCAUCAGCCGACUUUUCAACAAGCCUGUUAACUGAAAACGUUCCCUCAGAGUUUGCAACUGAGACUUCAUCAUCAAAGGCUCUUACAGAGAAUACAUCAACUACUACUAAACAGUCUGAGCAAUCUGAGGCAACAAGGUCUAUCACUGAUUCUGAAGGGUCAAGUUCUAUCACUGAUGCAGAGGGGUCAAGGUCUAUCACUGAUGCAGAGGGAUCAAGGUCUAUUACUGAUUCUGAAGGGUCAAGUCCUAUCACUGAUGCAGAGGGAGCAAGGUCUAUCACUGAUGCGGAGGGAUCAAGUUCUAUCAUCACAGAUACAAUUCUCUUUAAUCAUGAAACUGAGAAGCCUAUCGAAGGCAAAUUGCCAUCUGAUAAACUUUUAGAAGACUCUGCAGAAGAGUAUCACACUGGGCGACAAACUGGAGAUGUGUCUACUGAUCGUUCCAUGAUUAUAAACUUUACAGUUCUCUCGUCAGAGCGACCAACUGAAGAUGUAUUGACAGAGAGCCCAACAAGGGACCGAGAAUUGCUCUUAAAAACUGCUUCUGUUUCUACGGAAAGUAUUUCAACUGGUCGACCAAAUGAAAAUAUAUCAAAGGGGCGACAAACUGAAGAUUUAAGAACUGGGCGACAAACUGAAGAUCUAAGAACUGAACACCCAAAUGGAGAUGUAACAACUGGGCGACCAAAUGAAAAUAUAUCAAAGGGGCGACAAACUGAAGAUUUAAGAACUGGGCGACAAACUGAAGAUCUAAGAACUGAACACCCAAAUGGAGAUGUAACAACUGGGCGACCAAAUGAAAAUAUUUCAAUGGGGCGACAAACUGAAGAUCUAAGAACUGGGCGACAAACUGAAGAUCUAAGAACUGGGCGACCAAAUGAAAAUAUAUCAACGGGGCGACAAACUGAAGAUCUAAGUACUGGGCUACAAACUGAAGAUGUGUCAACUGAACGCCCAAAUGAAGAUGUACCAACUAGGCGACUAAAUGAUGAUAGUGUCACAAAUAAUGGUGAUAGUGCGACAUACGAUGGUGAUAGUGUCACAUAUGAUGGUGCUAGUGUCACUUAUCAUAUUUACACAAUCACCUCAUCUAUAAAUGAUGCAAAUACAAAGACGGACGCUCCAAGUGAGACAGAAGAUAGGAAUGAAAGUGAAAGUGAAAGUGAAAGUGAAAGUGAAAGUGAAAGUGAAAGUGAAAGUGAGUUGUUAAAUGAGAGUCUAUCAACAAAAGUGAAUCUAUCACACCAAACAAGCCCGGGAGGGACUAAUUCCAUUAUUACCGACAAAACUCUCUUCAACUCUACUGAAGCUACUACAAACAAGUUGCCGUUUAGCAUUACAUCAACUGAGUCUCUCAAAGAAGAGGAAGGGGUUACUGACAAAGAAGACGGUGUACCCCACAUUACUGAGUCUUCACUCUUCCUCUUGUUCAGUCCUCUCAGUUCCCAAUCCUGAACGAGCGUGAAACAACUAAACAGGGCACCCCAGAAGACUUUUCGUCUGUCUCCGUGGUUUCCAGAGAUCCCAUUUCUGAUAG